CCUGCCGUCUUACAGCUCAUGGCUUUCCCCAGCGGGGGGGUAGUGGAGGAGCAGAGACCAGUUCUCAGGGGCCUCAUCGAGAUCAGGAGCUGACCUUUCAGGCUGCGGGACACAGGACUUCUCCUUCAGCUGUCAUUUCAUUGAGAUCAACGCUCGUGUUUUCGACCGUCUGAAGGAGGCCGAGGUAAAGAGAGCUGUGAGGGAAUUCUCCUCCUGGCCAGGAAUACAACAGACUUCAUUUCUCUUCUUCCGACCGACGGAGGAACAUCUUCCACGACAGUUUCUACAUACGAGGAACUCUUUUUAACUUGUGUUUAGUCCACUGGAGUUUAUUCUCCAGCAAAGGGCGGCGAGGAUGACCUGGAGCUGCUUCAGAUCGCUUCCCUGCCGUCACACCAAGAUGAAAGCGAAAGUGGGCGUGUUAAUUCUCCUGCUGUGUGUGACGAGCCUCUGCGUGUUUCGGAGAGCAGAAAUCAAAUCGUACCUCCGGCCUCAAAAAGAUAAACCCUGUUCUUGCGACCGGUGUUUAUCCGGCGACGAGCCGUUCAAGGAGCACUUCGGCAAAUUUGCCGAACCGUUUUAUUCGAUCCACCACAAUCUGUCAGAGGAAAACUUCAACUGGUGGAAGCGCCUACAGUCUAAAAAUCCAACCUUUAGUGCCUUCAAAGAGGCCGUGAGCAAGAUGUUUAAGAUGUUCCCAAAAAACGCUGAACUUGAACCAGCGAGCACCAACCGCUGCAGGACUUGUGCUGUGGUGGGGAAUUCUGCUAAUGUAGUGGGAUCACAUUACGGACCUAUCAUAGAUUUCCAGGACUACGUCAUAAGAAUGAACAGAGGUCUUACCCACGGCUAUGAAGAAGAUGUUGGGACCAGAACAACUCAUCAUGUCUUAUAUCCAGAGAGCGCUGUGAAUUUAGAUGACACCACACAUCUUGUGUAUUUUCCAUAUAAAAUACGGGAUUUUGUGUGGAUUACGAAGGCCCUCAACACAUCAACCCCACAUAAAAUCAGACGAUUCAAGGCCAACAAGGACUUGAUGCUGGUCCUAAAUCCAGUUUUUAUGAAAUAUGUUCAUGAAGUGUUUCUGAAGAGGAAAGGCCAUUAUCCAUCCACUGGCUUUUUGGCUUUGGUUCUUGCUAUGCAUAUUUGUGACGAGGUCCAUGUGUUCGGCUACGGAGCAGACAAUGAUGGGAACUGGAGUCAUUACUGGGAAGGUCUCAGGAACACGAAGAUAAGAACUGGAGGGCAUCCUGGAAGUGUUGAGUACGCAAUGAUCGACGAGCUUGAUCAGAAUCAAAUAAUCAAGUUUUAUAAGGGGUGGUGAUCUCUCUCACCUCCAGAGCUAAUAAAGACUAAGACGCCAUCAAGAGACUUCUGUCUCCGGACUCACUCCUCUAUAUUCCAAGAAUAAAACCAAAGUGAUAAACCAUCCAUGAUCUAGUUGAGAGGGACCUGUGGCUACAUGUAGAGUGGAGGUGACUCAUCCUGUGGAUGUCCUUCACCUCGCCACCCAAACUGGUCCGGUGACAACGUCCACGCCCAUGUAACGUUUGAGGUCCCAAGACAGAGGACAGUGUCAAAUGUGUAAUUAUAGAUUUCGACCCAUACUAAUUUAAACGGUUUAUGCUGCCUCCUGUGUAUCUUUCUUUGUUCUUUGCUUGUCAUUGGUGCUGAAUUAACUUAAAUGGAGAAAUGUGAACAAGGAAGCCGGUGACAAUGGACAGAGCAUCGGCAGCUUCGAGAAACGAUGGCGACGCCGUUUCACCGCGUUUAAAUGUCCCCAAAUAAACUGGCUUUCAGUAGUGUGAGGUGUGGUGUGAAGAAGGACCCAAGGAAGCACAGUAGAUUGUGUGUGAGGGUGUGUGUGUAUAUAUUUUUUAUAUAUAACAGACCUGUAACUGUAUUUUGUUUGGACAAAAUACUUCCCGGGACCCUAGAACCCAUUCAUAGAUCCAGGAAAUACCAACGGGAGGAAGUGGGUAGGGGGAAGAUAUGUGUUGCUGUGUUUAUUUCAGUAAAAAGAUGGAUUUAUAAUUUACUAUAUUUAUAGGGAGUUUAAAUCGAGGGUGAGGAUUAAUAUGGAUAUUUUGGGGGUUGAUAAAAUCUUGUAAAUAUUUUGUGUACGUAUUGUGUGACCCAUAAAUUGACCUCUAGAUGGAAAGUCUGGUUUAAUUAGUCAUAUGGGGGAUAAAAAGAGUUCAAUUUGUUUGUGAUGGGGAACAUGUGGAUAUAUGAAUACAUAAUAUAUAUACAUCUAUAUAUAUAUUAUAUAUAUAUAUUAUAUUGUAGGGGACUCUGUUGGGAGCACAUAAUUCACAAUACUAGUAGGUUGGUGUGCACGAUACGUGACUGGGUCCCUUUAAGAGCUGGGAGCGUAACCAGGGCAACGGGGUGGCGUCGAGGGGUUUAAAGGUCAUGAGGUGUCAGUGUUACGGGUGAAAUGUUUGGUGUGAGGAAAUAAACGGCCACAGUGUGUGCAGCCAAAGAAAG